AUGAGUAGCGAACGUAAAAAGGUUCAAUAUUUCAGUAUCAAUGAUCAUGACGAAGAUAUCUAUUCUGGUAUAGAUCAUCGAAGUAGUCGUGGUAAUAAUGACACCAACAAUAAUAACAAUAAUAAUAACAAUAACAACAAUAGUAGUAGUAGUAGUAAUAAUCAAUUUGUAAGAGCUCAUAUACCAUUCGAUCCAGAUUUAUUGGAUGAUGAUUCGAGUGCACCUGCACCAUCCGAUAUCGAUAGCAAUGAAACUGGUGGUAAAAGCAAUGGUGGAGGAAGUUCUUUUCAAGGAGAAUCUGGUGGAAGCACUAGUAGUACAAACUAUAACAACAAUAACAAUAAUAAAAACAACAACAACAACAAUAAUAAUAAUAAUAAUAAUAAUAAUAAUUAUAGUAACUUUGGAAAAAAUCCUGAAAAACUACAAGAAUAUAACAACAAGAAGAAAGAUGGUGCAUUUAAUGGAAAUACAACUGGUCGUAGUGGCAACAAGGAUAGACCCUUUCGUCCAAAAGGUGGAACCAACAUGAAAAAGAAAUCGAACCAACAUGAAAUAUUCCAACAAGAAGAGGAAUAUGUUGACCAAGAGAUUGUCUUUUCUGAAGACAGCUCUGAAUGUACAGACUCUGGACACGAAGAAGAAACUAGAAUCGAUUCACUCCUUGAUUUGGUUGGCAUUUUCUUACAGAAAAAUCCUAUUACCGAUGAUGAUAAAACUGUAAAUAUUAAUGAAUUGGAAGUAGAACACUUUCGUGAAAUGACAGAUGAAUAUAAUAUUCAUUUGAAAAAAUAUAGAUAUGAUAAGAAAUUAAAAGUAUUGUUUAAAUCUGCAAUUGAGAAAAUAACAGACGAACCAAUAUUAAGGCAAUUGUAUAGAAAUUUUAAUUUGACAAAGAAACACUUUAUUGAAUUCCGUAGAAACAAGAUUUAUCUUGGCAGACCUCUACCUGAUUUAUUCCAUCCUCCUCGGAAACCAGUCAAAGUUGCAAGCCUUGUAACAAAUAAUAAUAAUAAUAAUAAUAGUGGUAAACCAAGACAUCCAAUUGAAAUACCAGUGAUACCAUCACCACUGGAAUGGAAGGAUUUGGUGAAUUGGGAAAAGAAACGGGAACAAGAUUUGAAAGAUGAACAAGAGAGAAAAAAGAAAAAGAAGGAUCUAAAGAAGAAAUUACUUUUACAACAACAACAAGAACAUCAGAAACAACAAGAGUAUCAGAAACAACAACAACAGCAACAACAACAACACCAUCAACAACAACAACAUAAAUCAAGGCAUGGUGGUGUGUCUAUUAGUAGUUCGGGUGAGGGAAUUAGCAAGUAUGGACCAAUGUCCAAAGACGAUGCCUAUUCUAGCGAUGCUGAUGAUGAGUCUGGUGGACCUAUUAAAUUGGUUCAACAUGCCAAAGACUCAGACUCUGAUGCAGAGAGAGUGGUCACCAUGCCAGCAGGUACUCCCAUUCCAUUGGCUGCAUUACAGAAAAAGAAUGCUAGUACUGACAAUGUACCAGAAAAAGUUGUCACCAUGCCCGUUGGAACACCUAUACCCACCAGGAUCUUGGUACCAUUAUCACAACAACAUCAACAACCAGCUGCAGCUGCAUCAGUACCCGAAUCAACAACAACCUCCUCCUCUUCAUCUUCAUUCCAACUUGACUCUAAACUAUUAGAUUCUUUAACACCUGGAGAGAAUGAUAAUAAUAACCAACAACAACAACAAUCGACAUUAGAUACAGAUGAUAGUGCUUAUAUGAAACAAAUGUUACAGGCAGUAAGCAAUCCAAUGAUAGUACUUCAAGUUAGAAGUCUUGUAGAAGAGGAAAAGAAAUUCACGAGGAAAUUGUUGGACGACCGAAAGAGACUUGUAGAUAUGCUCUAUAUUCGAAAGAGGACACUAGACGAUGCCAACAGAAAGAAGGCAGACGCUGCAGAACCACACAUACGGCAAUUACAUCUUAUUGAGAAUGAAAGAGAAGAGAAACGAAUGAUGGAAGACAUGAAACGAGAGCUCCUCGAGAUGGAUACCAAGAUUGCAAACGAUAUGCGUCAUUUGGCCAACCAACAACAACUCAAGCUCCAACAACUUGGUGUCAUUGGACUGUAUCCAACAUCUGAUCCAUACGAAAUUGGCCAACAGCAAAAGAUUCUCACAUGUCUCUUUAACAAUAAUCUUCCAUUUGAUGAUGGUUCAAUUAAAUAA